UCCGCGGCCAUCCCCCUUCAUCUCCUCCAUCUUGGCAGGGUGGGGAGGGGGAAGAAAGAGAAGAGCAGGCAGCUCUGCACACGCACCCAGACACAGAGGCAGACCGCAGACCCGGCGCAUCAGCCAGCCGAGCCAGAGCCAACCACGAUACCCAGACCCCUUCCUCCCUCCAGCGCGGGACAGCGCAUCGCAGUCGCCACGCCGCCUCGCCGGCGCCGCCCCCGCCCCCGUCACCCACUCGGAUCUCUCUCCCCGCCCCCGCCCUGGGGCCCGCUUGCCUCGGAUGCUCCCGGCCUCGCACCCGCUGCUCUACGCCUGCGUCUUCCGCGACACCCACCUCGUCGCCGAGCUCCCCACAGACGCCGACGACCUCCCCCCGCUCGCCGCCGCCCUCGUCGCCGCCGCCCCGCCGCACCACCGCCACCUCACCCACUCCGCCGCCGGCCGCGCCCACGCGCUGCUCCUCGCGCCCCCGCUCGCGCUCGCCGCCGUCUCCCGGUCGCCGCACCUCCCGGCCGCGCAACUCCUGCUCUUCCUCCGCCGCCUGCGAUGCCUCCCCGAGGACAGGAUGCGCGACGAGAUGCCGCGCCUCGCCAUGCGCCUGCCGCUCCCCACCGACGACGAGGCGGCGCUCGCGCGCGAGGCGCAAGACGUCGCCGCCGCAGAGGCCGAGGCAGAGGAGGCGGCCAGGAGGGACGCUGAGCUCGCCGCGCGGAGGACGCCCAAGCGGGACCGCCACCGCCACCACCACGGGGGCGCCGCCGCCUGGGCCUGGAGGCGACAGCUCUGGAUCGUCAUACUCGUGGAUCUCGUCCUCCUCGCCGUCCUCUUCGCCGCAUGGCUCGCAGUCUGCAGGGGAUUCAGCUGCAUUGGCCGGUAAAUAGCUACACAAGUUUUCAAGGCUGCUGCUCUAAUUUUAAGCAAGAAUUCUGGAGUGCAGUUGUUUCUCUGAAGGAAAAGUGGUUGCAAGCUGCCAAUAUUUGCAAGCAAAGGCACUUCGGCCAUAUUUUUGCGUCCUUAUUGUAUGAAUCGUGUUUAAAAGUGAAGGCCAACAAUCUUGCUAGACUUGAUAAGUUUUAAUUUGUUGGUUUGGUUAAGGUGAUUUGUAAACCUGUAGUGCAUUUUUUUCGUUCAAUUUUUUUAUACGAAGCAAAUGUUGAGAUUUUGUCCCAUUGGGUGGCAGAUUUGGGUAUAUGUGAAUCUUACUGUCAUAACCUUUGCCAGACCUCCUCCUGUUCGUUGUUCCUGUACUCCCUCGUUGCAAGUGUUAUGAUCAUGUAUAAUUGCUUCCAUCA